UCCACGCUGUACGGCUCACAGUGUAUACACAUCCAGGCAGAGCAGGCACCGCACACGUACCGGGUGCUUGACAAGUAAACUUAGAGAAACUCGGACUGAGUAUAAAUCGGGAUACUUUGGCUUAAGUUUUCUGACCCGAACUACCCAGCACUGAACUACCGUCCGCCGCUGACAGAAAGAAAUGGAAACUACUUUUUAUGACGACUCACUCAACGCUUUCUCCCAGCACGACAACGCCGGCUUCGGAUACAGCAACCCCAAAGCGCUGAAACACAACAUGACACUGAACCUCUCCGACCCGACGGGCACUCUGAAACCACACCUCCGGGCCAAAGCCAGCGACAUCCUCACCUCCCCAGACGUGGGCUUACUGAAGCUGGCCUCCCCGGAGCUGGAGCGGCUCAUCAUCCAGUCCAGUAACGGACUCAUCACCACCACGCCGACCCCCACCCAGUUCCUGUGCCCCAAGAAUGUCACCGACGAGCAGGAGGGCUUCGCCGAGGGGUUCGUCCGCGCCUUGGCCGAGCUUCACCACCAGCACAUGCCGGCCACGACCAACUGUAGUGUCAGCUCGGCCCCCCAGACCAGUGUCAACACUGCCCUGCCGCCGGUCUCAUCUGUUGCCGGUGCCACUGUUUUCAAUAACAACGCGGCCAUGCGCUCCGACUCACCGGUGUACGAGGACCUGAACACCUUCAACCCCGCCAUCAGCACCGUGUCCGCACCGAAUUACACCACCUCAGCCCCGACUAUGUCCUUCCCCGCUGCCCCGCCUCAGUUGCCCAUCUACGGGCAGACCACCUCCGCCCAGCUCCAGCGGCUCACGGUGCUCAAAGAGGAGCCCCAGACCGUGCCGGAGAUGCCGGGUGAGACCCCUCCUCUCUCCCCGAUUGACAUGGAGAGCCAGGAGCGCAUCAAGGCUGAGAGAAAGCGGAUGAGGAACCGCAUCGCCGCAUCCAAAUGCCGGAAGAGGAAGCUGGAGAGGAUCUCAAGGCUGGAGGAUAAAGUGAAGACCCUCAAGUCCCAAAACUCCGAGCUGGCGUCCACCGCCAACAUGCUGCGGGAGCAGGUGGCCCAGCUGAAGCAGAAGGUGAUGAACCACGUCAACAGCGGCUGUCAGCUCAUGUUAACGCAGCAGCUCCAGACCUUCUGAGGUGGCGGAGAAGCACAGACUGUAGUUGAACCAAACGCUUCCUGUGAUAGUGAGAGGCUGUAUCUCCCAAAAUCGUGACGGGAUUUGGGAUGAUGUAGCGUGACACUGGCAGGACCGGGGCCCGCACUUAAGUUGGAGAGUGCACCGCGCUCUCCGGUGGUGCGUCCCAGAGAGGGGCUCGGACAGGGACAGUGACCAUGAACCAGAGGGGGCAUGGUAACAAGCAGGAUAUCUCUCUGUUUCUGUGUCGCGCUGUUUUCACAGAACUGGACAGAACUGAAUUUUUCUUAAUUUACACCCAGCUCUGCAUGGACCUUAUCAUGAACAUCAAAGACACUUUCAGUAUUAGAGGAUUUAAGAACCUGCAAUAGAGACUUUUCUUGCUGUAUAGCCAUAACGGCCUCAGCCCAAACUACUUGGGUGUGUUGGCCCACUCUACACGGCCGAAAAGUUGUAUCAAAAGCUGCCUGACUUCUGAUUUACAGUACAAUGUACUUUUUCUUAAUUGUAAGAAGUUAAGUUAGAAAAGCUUCAAGAUUUACUUGUUUUUUUUCUAAAGUUCUUUAAUGGGGUUUCACUCAUUGUUAUAUGUAUAUAAGAUCAACUUGGAGUACUUAUGUUUACCAUUUGUAAUAAGAAUACUGUAUAAUUUUUUAUGUUUGUUUUCUGAGCACUUCAGAAACUUAUUGAUAUUUAAGGAAAUAAACUACAUAAAAUGAAGCAA